AUGGAUACUAUCAAGAACGCCGCCAACUACGUCUCUGAGAGCAUUCAGGGCACCGGUGCUGAGGCUUCCAAGGAGGCCAACAAGCAGGUGGCCAAGGACGAUGAUGCCAAGUUGAGCACUCGUGCCUCUGCCGCCAAAGAUGCCAUCUUUGACAAGAAGGACGAAAAGUCUCACGACGUCAAGGCUGAUUUGAACAAGGAGCAGGCUAAGCACUAA